GUACUAAAAACUAAUUAUUACAAUUUUAUUGCUACUAAUAUUAACUGAAUUUUAAUCUGGCGUUCUUAAAACACCAUGGCGGUUUACGCGGCGCAUUUAACGCGCACUCUUCAGGGCACUCCGUCUAUAUUUCAAGUGACUGCCCAGGAGGCCCUUGGCACCACCGUAAAGCCUGCAAUGAGGAAGCUAGUCGAGUAUGCAGCAGAAGCUUAUCCAGAUAAAUUUGGAUGGUGCAAGCCGUGGUAUGAUGAGCUUUACCUGCUGUUUGAUUGCUGUUUGCAGUACCACUAUCUGAAACAUUAUGCUGCAUCAUUCUCUGAGAGCUUCUAUGGUCUUCUACGUGUUCCUAUGGCAGUGAGCAUGGAGUUCAACCAGGGCAACCCUCGGUUACCAGAGUUACUGGAGUACGGCUCUGUGGCCUUAUUAGUGCUGGUACCAUACCUUAAGGACAAGGUUGAGAAGGUCAUAGACAGGUGGAGGGAGGACAAUGAAGAUGGGAGGCUGGGUAAGAGUAAUGCAGACCGCGCCCGCAAGGCAGCUAUAAAAAUAUACGCAGUCGUUCACUUCGUGGCGGAGUCAGCGAAGCUGGUGCAGGCAGCCAGGUACCUGACGGGCUCCGCCAGGACACACUCCCCGGAGCUGGCGCUGCUCGGGCUCUCGCUGCGGGACGCGCCCCUCAUGGAGAAAGACGACUCCACCUGGGGGGAGUUCUUCAAGAACCUCUUCACGGGGCAAAUAGGGAGCGCGGCGGUGACGUUCCCGAUGGUGGGCGGCGCGGUGCUGCGCGUGGUGCAGUACGGAGCGUUCGGGGUUCAGUUCCUGCGCUGGUGGGACUCCCGCGCCGCCUCGCACGCCGCCCUGCAGCCGCCGCCGCCGCCGCAGCCUGACGAAAAAGCUGUGAGAUGGAAGAACAAAUGUCCGAUAUGUCUGCAGACUUGGAAGAUUCCCACCGUGUUACCAGUCUCUGGCUACAUAUUCUGCUACGUGUGCAUCUCCCGGCACGUGCGGUCGCGCGGCGCGUGUCCCGUCACGCGGUGUCCGGCCGGGGACGGCUCGCUCGUCAGGCUCUACGUCGACUGACACGCCCCCCGCGCUCUCACUCUACUCGGACCGCGUUCUGACUGAACUCUGACCGCUCUCUGACUCAACUCGGACCGCACUCUGACUGAACUCUGACCGCUCUCUGACUCAACUCGGACCGCACUCUGACUGAACUCUGACCGCUCUCUGACUCAACUCGGACCGCACUCUGACUAAACUCUGACCGAACUCUGACCGCGCUCUGGCGCCACCUUUACAGAACUCUGACCCACCCUGACCGAACUCUGACCACGUUCAAUCCACCCUAACCGAACUCUGGCCGCGUUCUGACAGAGUUCAGUCAGGGUGGGCUGAACCCACCCUGACUGAACUCUGACAGCACUCUGACCCCUGUGUCUCUGGUCAGUUAUGAGUAUGACUCACUGACCUACUUCUAACUUAUAAACUUCUGACUGCACAUCUUAUUACUGAAGUCAUCUUAAAGAUGCAAAUCUUAUUCUUCAAUAGACACUAGUCACUAUUAAGAUAAUUAACAUGUUAUUUAUUCUAAGACCUUUGUUUACCUCUACACCACAAAUAAAUAAUUUAAAUUUAAAUUUGAAAUAAUGAAAGAGUUAUUCAGUAAAUAUUUUUUUAUUGUCACUAUUGAGUUUAUAGUAUUCGAUGUCCCCAUUGGUAGCGCUUUAACACAAUAUAUUACUUUCCGAUAGUCACUAAUUUGAUCCUGACAUUAUACAAACAUUUUAUGAGUGUGUUUGUUUUAUUUUAGUCCGAGUGUUUUUCUAUGUGGGUAUGUUUUUUUUUAUUAUAAUGGAAUGGUGCACCCGCCUGCGCUAACGGUUUACGCUGGCGGGGACCAAUGGAUG